AUGGAGAAGUUUACUUCACACGUCAAUCACACUAUUCAGCAAUUGGAAAGCGAAAUUCGCUUAGAUAUUCCAGAUAUUCCGCUCAGUAACGAUGUCCAAACUACUAUUAAAGAUAAAGAUAUGCUAAAUAAAUUAGAAGGGACACUCGAUUCAUGGGAGAAAGCAAUCUCAACUAUAAUCGAAAACGAGCUCAAAAAGGUACCAAGAGGCUCUGGUCCGUUGGCUGAAAUCGACUUUUGGCGUCAGCGCAAUUCGACAUUAAGCGCUUUAUCUGAGCAGCUACAAUUGCCUUAUGUUAAAAAAGUUAUUGAAAUUUUAACUGAAGCUAACAGUCAUGCUUUAUCAAGCUUUGAAUAUAAUCGCUCAGAGAUGAUUAAAUAUUACACUGAAGCAAAAGAUAAUGUACGAUUUUUGUCUACAUUAGAAAGACAUUUCAAGAAUCUUACGCAUGGAUCAGGUUUUAGUGUCGUGAUCGAUACAAUACCAUCAAUGAUGAAUGCAUUACGCAUGGUGUGGAUUAUAUCUCGCCAUUACAAUCGAGAUGAACGAAUGAUACCAUUGAUGGAGAGAAUUGCGUGGGAACUUGCAGAGAGAGCAUCUCGCGUUAUUAAUGUGAAAACGAUAUUAAGAGAAAGUCCAGGACAAGUUAAAAUCAAAACUGUUGAGGCAAAAAAGAUGUUAGAAAUGUGGAAGGACACUUAUUUUGAAGUUCGAGCCAAGAUUGAAGCUUCUGGACGUGAUUCUCGAUGGGAGUUUGAUAGAAAACGACUUUUUGAGAAGACAGAUUAUAUGGCGAGUAUAUGUCGAAGCCUAUACGAUGUGGCACAGGUUCUUGAAGAAUUUAAGAAUAUCUUUGGGCCAGAACUGAAAGCAGUUACUGGUGAUCCUAAGCGAAUCGAUGACGUCCUUAAGCGCGUUAACGGCUUAAUAACACCUAUCGAACAAGUUCAGUUUGAUCCAUUCAGCUUGCGCCAUCAAAUCAGUUGGAGAGAAGUUAUGGAUAGUUUCCACCGUGAAGUCGAAACAUCGAAUUCAUUAUUUAAAACGUUCGCUGAAAAACCGCCACUGCAUAAGAAUCAGCCCCCGGUAGCUGGAGCAAUCGCUUGGGAGCGAUCACUAUUUCAUCGUAUGAAACAAACUGUUCUCAAAUUGCAGACUAUGGAAGCUUUGUGGAACAGUGAUCAAGGAAAAGCGGCAUCAAAAAAAUAUUUAACAGUUGCAAGGAGUAUGAAAGAGUAUGAAGAUAAAAAAUUUGCGGCCUGGAAGGAAAUGGUAGAAUCGGCUUUACCUGCUUACUUAAAAAGAAAUCUAUUGACAAGAAUCUCUAGUGGAUCAUUUGUCGAUGAUUACGACGAAAUAAAUGGAGAUUUACACAUACAAUAUAAUGUCGAUUUCGCCCAAGAGAUGUCAGAGAUAAUUUCAGAAACAAGAUACAUGGAACAAUUAAAUUUUUCAUUACCUGAAAUUGCACGGAAUGUCUCAUUACAAGAGGAAAAGUAUAUUCGCUACGUUAAUGGUUUAAAGCAAAUGUUGAAGCGUUAUAACAGCAUCGUAGCUAAUCUAAAUCAUGCUGAGCUUCAAUUAUUAGAAGGUCACAUUAAAGAGCUGCAACGUGUCCUGAAACCGGGUGAAAAGCGCUUGAACUGGAAUUCUCUUGGUAUCAAUGAUUUCAUCACAAAGUGUGUUCAGGCUAUCAGUAAGUUCGAGUCAUUGGUCCAUCAAAUUCAGAAAAAUGCUCAAGACAUUAGUAGUAGAUUACAUAUGAUCGAAAAUGUUAAACUAUUUAAAUCUUACCCCGUACAACCAGAUAAUUCACUUCCUGAAGCCAAGGAAUAUUUUGAUUUCUUGGAGAAAUCUAGAACACGAGAGAUUGAACACUUAGUAGCAAAAUAUCAAGAUAUUGGUCCAUUACUGAUCAAGAUCGAAGGGAAUGUAGUAAAUACUAACACUGGUAAAUCACCAAGACUACAAUCUUAUUACUUUUAUUGGGAAAAUAAAGUUUAUGAUGCAUUAACAAAGAUGGUUAUCAAUAAUCUAAGGGCUUUUAAUGCAUGCUUAUCCGGUAAAACUCCAUUGUUUCAAAUUGACGCUAUAUUGUCCGCUCCUGAAAUCGUUCUAUCCCCUCCCGCUAACGACAUUCAUAAAUUAAUGGUUCAAGCCGUGCGUGAUGUCGUCGAAAGCACAAAACAGUUCGUACGAUGGAUGGAUGGCACUGCUCUUGAAACACCACCUCGACGUGUUGAAGGAGAGGACGAACCAAUCAUCUUCAGUUUUUUCUCGGAUAUAACUCAAAAUCCUUUGGUGUCAGACCUGUAUCUAAAUAUUUCACAAAAUAUCCAAAAAACGUUACUUAAUGCUAUGAAAUUACUUAAUCGAUGGAAGCGCUACCGGCCGUUGUGGCAAGCUGAUAAGAGAAACAUCUUAGAAAAAUUUGCAUCAAGGAAGCCAUCUUGCGUGUCAUAUGACGAAAAGUUACAAUUUUACAGUAACUUGGCUUUGGAAAUUAGCAAUCAAGCAUUAAUUAAAGAUAAUGAAUUUGUGCGAACCCAGUUACACCAGUUAGCAGGAACUGUUAAAGCGCACGCAUUAUCCUGGGUUGAAGCCGUUGGUAAAUUAUUAAACGAAUCUGCCCGCGAAAGUAUUACCAUAUUAAAGCAUAAAUUAGAGCGCUUACAUCGGGAAUUACAGCAACCUCCUGAUACCCUCGACGCAUUGAAAUUUGUUCUUGGCACAAUAACCGAUAUUCGUGAUAUGUCGUUAGAUGUUGAAAUGCAAUAUGUCGAUAUACAAGAACGUUAUAGAACUCUAUCCAUGUAUAGCCUACCGGUACCUGAUGAAGAAUUAGAGACAGUUAAAAAUGUUGGCAAAAUGUGGGAUGACCUUGUUUAUGAGUCUGCUCGAAUCGAUCAUAGCCUCGUGGCAGUUAAAAAGAAAUUCACAGAGAUUACAAAGGAUGAUGUGAAAGAUUUUAGUGGCAAAAUUCUCGAUAUUCAGCAAAGAUUUAAAUUAGAAGGUCCAAGCAGCGUAGGAACUGACCUCGACAAAGGCUUAGAAGUACUGCAAAAUUUUAAACGCGAAUUGGAUGUCAUCGAAAAAUAUAGACAAGAACUAUCUAAUGCAGAAAGGCUUUUCAACCUACAAAUAACUACUUAUCCGGAAUUAAUGGCCCUAGAAAAGGAACUAAAAGGCUUAGAACAAAUCUAUACGCUAUAUGAAAAUCAAAAGGUGGCAAUGGAGGAAUGGUCAGAAAUGUUAUGGAGCGAACUUAAUGUAAAUGUUUUAUCCGAUGGGAUCGAAAAUUUUAUCCGUCAACAGCGCAGAUUACCGAAAGAUGUUAAAACCUUACCUGUAUAUCGAAUACUGGAAGAAAAGAUGAAGGAAUUUAAAGAUUCCAUUCCUCUCUUUCAAGAUUUAAAAAAUGAAGCACUGCGGUCUAGACACUGGAAAAAACUAAUGGAACUAACUGGAAAGAACUUUGAUAUGAAUCCUGAAACAUUUACGUUAAAAAAUCUCUUCGCGAUGGAAUUGCAUAAUUAUUCUGACGUUAUUGCUGAUAUAACCUCGAGUGCAAUGAAGGAGCUUAGUAUAGAGAAAAGUGUUAAUGAUGUCAUCGAUACGUGGAGUAAUACUAAAUUUAGUGUACAGAAAUUCAUGAAAGGAUCACAGGAUAGGGGUUAUAUAAUAGGCUCGGUCGAUGAAAUCUUGCAAAUGCUGGACGAUAAUGCUAUGACUUUGCAAAGCAUGUCCGCUUCUAGAUUUAUUGGCCCUUUUAGAGAUUCGGUACAAGAAUGGGAGAAAAAGCUAUCCCAUAUCUCUGAAGUUGUUGAUGUAUGGAUGUUAGUUCAACGAAAAUGGAUAUAUUUAGAGAGUAUUUUUAUCGGCGGUGAUAUCCGUAUGCAAUUACCUGAAGAAGCUAAGCGCUUUGAUUUAAUUGAUAAAUCUUUUAAAAAGAUUAUGUCUGAGACGGCAAAACGCAGUAAUGUCUUGGAAGCUUGUCAUAUUGAAAAUAGAUUACAAGAAUUAGAGAAAUAUAGUAACGAAUUAGAAAAGUGUCAAAAGAGUCUCAAUGAUUAUUUAGACUCGAAGAGGAACGCUUUCCCACGAUUUUUCUUUUUAUCUGAUGACGAACUACUAUCUAUUCUUGGUAGUCAUGAACCUUCAUGCGUACAAGAGCAUAUGAUUAAGAUGUUUGAUAAUAUUGCAAGCUUGGUCUUUCAAGCUGGACAAGGCAAAGAACAAUUUGUUACCGCCAUGGUAUCGAGUGAAAGCGAAAAGAUGGAUUUUAAAGAAUACGUUGUGACGGAAGGUAGAGUUGAGGAUUGGAUGACAAAAGUGCAGGGUGAAAUGAAAAGAACCAAUAAAUUUAUUACUAAAAAAGCUAUAUUUACAUACUGUGAAUCAUCCACCAGAAUUGACUGGAUGCAUAAUUACCAAGGAAUGGUCGUUUUAGCUGGAAAUCAAAUCUGGUGGACAUGGGAAGUAGAGGAUGUUUUCCGGAAAAUCAAGAAAGGCGAUAAAAUGGCGAUGAAAAAUUAUAGUGCUAAACAACACUUACAGAUAAAUGAUCUUGUUGUUAAGGUUCGGGGACAGCUUACAAAAAAUGAAAGGAAGAAAUUGAACACUGUUUUAAUCAUUGACGUUCACGCCAGAGAUAUUGUAGAUGCUUUUGUAAGAGAUAGUAUUAUGGAAGCGAGAGAGUUUGAAUGGGAAAGCCAACUAAGAUUCUAUUGGGAGAAAGAAUCUGAUGAUAUGUGCAUUAGGCAAUGUACCGGUGAAUUUUCGUACGGUUAUGAAUAUAUGGGACUAAAUGGCCGAUUAGUUAUUACUCCAUUGACCGAUAGAAUAUACUUAACACUAACACAAGCUCUUGCCAUGUAUCUUGGAGGUGCUCCUGCCGGUCCUGCUGGUACAGGCAAGACGGAAACUACUAAAGAUUUGGCUAAAGCACUAGGUCUUCUAUGCGUUGUUACCAACUGUGGCGAAGGAAUGGACUUUAAGGCUGUUGGAAAGAUAUUCUCCGGUCUUGCACAAUGUGGUGCUUGGGGGUGCUUCGAUGAAUUUAAUCGUAUUGAUAUAUCAGUAUUAUCAGUAAUUUCCUCUCAAAUUAAAACAAUUCAAAACGCGUUAGCAAUGAACCUAAAAAAGUUUCAGUUUGAAGGGAAUGAAAUUACUUUGGAUAAAAAAAUGGGAAUAUUUAUUACCAUGAAUCCAGGCUACGCCGGUAGAACGGAAUUACCAGAAAGUGUUAAAGCCCUUUUUAGACCUGUUGUCGUUAUUGUGCCUGAUAUGGAAAUGAUAUGCGAAAUUAUGUUAUUUUCAGAAGGCUUUAUCCAAGCGAAGAAUUUAGCAAAGAAAAUGACUGUCUUAUAUAAACUAGCGUCUGAACAGCUAUCUAAGCAAUAUCAUUACGAUUUUGGAUUGCGUGCGCUUAAAGCCGUAUUAGUUAUGGCAGGCGAACUGAAGCGUGGUUCCCCUGAUUUAGCAGAAGACGUUGUCCUUAUGCGAGCGCUUAGGGAUAUGAACUUACCAAAAUUUGUCUUUGAGGAUUCGCCCUUGUUUCUGGGAUUGAUUUCCGAUUUAUUUCCUGGAUUAGAUUGUCCUCGUGUACGCUAUCCCAACUUUAAUGAUGCCGUGGAGAACAUCCUGAAAGAACAUGACUACAUUUUACUUCCUCAACAGGUGGAUAAAGUAGUUCAAAUGUACGAGACCAUGCUAACACGUCAUACUACCAUGGUAAUAGGUCCAACUGGUGGUGGUAAAUCUGUUGUAAUUAAUACUUUAUCUCAAGCGCAAACAAAACUUGGGUUACCUACUCGCAUGCAUAUUAUGAAUCCAAAAGCUGUGACAGUUAAUGAGUUAUAUGGUAUAUUAGAUCCUUACACUCGGGAUUGGACUGAUGGCCUGCUAUCCAGCAUCUUUCGUGAAAUUAAUCGUCCUACCGAUAAAAAUGAACGCAAAUACAUUGUCUUCGACGGGGAUGUAGACGCUUUAUGGGUAGAAAACAUGAAUUCUGUGAUGGACGAUAAUCGCUUACUAACAUUGGCAAAUGGUGAACGUAUUCGUUUACAAAAGCAUUGCGCUCUACUGUUUGAGGUUUCCAAUCUACAAUACGCAUCUCCAGCUACUGUUUCCCGUUGCGGAAUGGUCUAUGUCGAUCCGAAGAAUUUAGGUUACGAACCCUACUGGCAAAAAUGGUGUGGCGGGCGAACCAAAAUUGAGAAAGAACAUCUACGCCAAUUAUUUGCCAAGUAUGUUCCUAGUUGUAUCGAGUUGAUUACCGAUGGAGAUGCAGACGGCCGCCAGCAAAAGCGACUAAAAACUAUCAUACCUUUAACAACGUUGAAUUUUGUGCACCAGUUAACAGUUUUAUUGGAUGCAUUGCUACCAUUGCCUGAAACGAAUACCAUUUUAGAUUCACGAGUUCUCGAAAGCCUUUUUAUCAAUAGCUUAGUAUGGUCGUUAGGGGCUGGCCUAGAAGAGGACAGUCGUGAAAAAUUUGAUCAAUAUGUCAAGUACAUAUCAGGUUUACAAACUAUUGAGGAAGAAGGUGUAGUAGUUGGCCCGGGUGAAUUACCUGGUGCUAUGCCAACAUUGUAUGAUUAUUAUUUUGAUGCGAAUAAGAAAAAAUGGAUAUCUUGGAACAGCAUUGUACCUCAAUAUGAACAUAAACCAGAAGUUCGGUUUAAUGAUAUUCUAGUACCAACUAUGGAUACAAUACGUAAUACUUGGUUGCUAGAACAGAUGCGAAAAGUAAAGCAACCGGUAUUAUUUGUAGGCGAAACCGACAGCAUAUUUGUAUUAAAUAUUAACUUUUCUUCGAGAACGACAUCUUUGGAUGUUCAACGUAAUUUGGAAGCAAAUAUAGAAAAGCGAGCUAAAGAUACAUAUGGUCCUCCAUCAGGCAAAAAGUUAUUACUCUUUAUGGACGAUAUGAAUAUGCCUCAAAUUGAUACUUAUGGUACCCAACAGCCAAUUGCUCUAUUAAAAUUAUUAUUAGAACGAGGCGGUAUGUAUGAUCGUGGCAAAGAUUUAAAUUGGAAGUAUAUUAAAGAUAUUAGCUACAUUGCUGCUAUGGGUAAGCCUGGUGGCGGCCGACAUGAAGUUGAUCCGCGCUUUAUCUCUUUAUUUAGUAUAUUUAAUAUAACGUUUCCAAGUGAUGAAUCACUAGAUAAAAUAUUUUCGUCAAUAUUGCGCGGCCACCUCGAGGGAUUUUCAUCAACAAUACAAGAUCUCGUCCCUGAUAUUGCUGCAGCGACUUUGACCAUUUAUAAGCAAGUUGUCAAGACGUUGCUACCAACGCCAUCCAAAUUUCAUUACAUCUUUAAUUUGCGUGAUCUGUCGCGUGUCUAUCAAGGUUUAUGUAUGACGGUACCCGAAAAAUUUGACAAUCCUAAGCAAUUUAUACGUGUAUGGAGGAAUGAAUGUUUACGUGUAUUCCAUGAUCGAUUGAUAUCGGAAGACGAUAAAACUACUGUGCAGAAUUUUAUAGGCGAAAUCAUUAACGAUAAAAUGUCACAAUAUAAUGAAUAUGUUAUGAAAAAUCCAAUAUUAUUUGGUGAUUUGCGUACAACGUUUAGUUCAACGGAAGCACGAUUAUACGAAGAUCUCGAAAGUUAUCAAAUUGUUCAAAGUAUUGGCAAUGAAAUAUUAGAAGAAUAUAACUUCAAGAACACUACCAUGAGAUUGGUGCUAUUUGAAGAUGCUAUCGAACAUUUAGUACGCAUCCAUCGCAUUUUACGCAUGGAUCAAGGGCAUGCAUUAUUAGUCGGUGUUGGCGGUAGCGGCAAGCAAUCACUAACACGUCUUGCAGCAUAUACCGCAAAUUACCGUGUUUUUGAGAUAACUUUAUUUCGCGGUUAUGCUGAGUAUGACUUCCGUGAAGAUUUAAAAUCAUUGUAUCAUCUCUUAGGUAUUGAAAACAGAAAGGUUGUUUUCCUAUUUUCGGAUGCUCAUGUUGUUCAAGAGGGAUUUCUCGAACUAAUCAAUAACAUGUUAACUUCGGGUAUGGUACCGGCACUUUUUGCUGAAGAUGAGCGAGAGACUAUUAUUGGCCAAAUGCGUGAUGAAGCGUUUUCUGCAGGUUAUCCUCCUGCUAAAGAAAGUGUUUGGCAAUACUUUAUUAAUAAAUGUGCCAAUAACUUACAUAUUAUAUUAUCUAUGUCGCCUGUUGGUGAUACAUUAAGAAACCGUUGUCGUCAUUUCCUAGGGUUGGUAAAUAAUGCUAGUAUUGACUGGUACAUGGCAUGGCCUCGACAAGCUUUAUUUGCCGUUGCUUCCGUCUUUUUAGGCGAAGGCCAUAACAAGAGCGUACCGGAUGAACAUCGUCAACAAAUAAUUGAACAUGUAGUAUAUGUUCACAAAUCAGUGCAAGAGUACAGUCGUGAAUUUUUGCAAAAGUUGAGACGUAUAAAUUAUGUAACGCCUAAAAACUACUUAGACUUUAUAAACACAUAUACAAGGUUGUUAGAAGAGAAAGAUCAAUCCUUACACGAACAGUGCCAACGAUUAGAAGGUGGUCUCACGAAGUUAAUCGAAGCUAGUGAAGCACUAAAAGAAUUAAAUCAAAAAUUGGAAAUACAAAAAGUAGCUGUAACGCAGAAAACUAUCGCAUGUGAAAGAUUGCUAGAAGAAAUCAGUACCCGUACACAGGAGGUAACUGAAAAGAAAGAAUUAGCCAUUGCUAAAAGUAUCGAUAUUGAAGAGCAACAUAAGAUCAUACAAGUAGAAAAGGCAGCGGCUGAAACAGCUUUAAAUGAAGCGUUACCAGCAUUAGAAGAAGCUCGACUAGCAUUACAAGAUAUUGAUCGUUCUGAUGUCACUGAAUUUCGUUCAUUUGCUUCUCCGCCUAAAGCUGUUCGAACUGUCUCCGAAUGUAUCGUUGUUUUACACGGUAUAAAAGAGGUAUCAUGGAAGACGGCUAAAUCAAUCAUGUCGGAUGUUAACUUUCUGCGAUCGCUUCAAAAUAUUAACGCUGAUAAACUAUCCUCAACACAAGUUAAGACCGUUAAAACUUUUUUGAAAGAAUUAGAUAUAACACCUGAACGCAUGAGUGAUAUUAGUCGCGCUGGUUCUGGUUUAUUACGGUUUGUCUUGGCAGUUAUAGGUUAUUGCGACGUUGCAAGGGAAAUUAAACCAAAACGCGAAAAGGUAGCUCGGCUUGAGAAAAACUGUAACACUAGUAAGCGUGAACUAGAUCGCAUUCAGCGAGAAGUUGCUUCACUAGAAGCUGAAUUAAAAGAAUUGACCGAUCGUCAUCAACAAACAACGAUCGAUCGUGGACGUUUACAGGAAGAGACCGAAAUUAUGGAACGCCGCUUAAUUGCUGCUGAUAAACUAAUAACAGGUCUAGGAUCGGAGAAAGUGCGCUGGAAAGUUGAUCUUGAUCAAUUAAAAGAAAAACGUGUUCGUUUAUUAGGUGAUUGUUUAUUGUCAUCUGCGUUUUUAUGCUAUAUGGGAGCCUUUAGUUGGGAUUUCAGAAAAGAAAUGAUCAACAAUAACUGGGAACAAGAUUUAUUAAAACGAGAAAUACCAUUAAGUCAACCGUAUAAAUGUGAAGAUUUAUUGACUGACGAUGUCGAAAUUAGUCGUUGGACAUCAGAGUCUUUACCACCUGAUGAAUUAUCUAUUCAAAAUGGCAUCUUGACAACGCGUUGCAGCCGUUUUCCAUUAUGUAUUGACCCUCAACAACAAGCAUUUAAUUGGAUUCUAAAGAAAGAGAGUCAAUCUAAUUUGAAGAUCACAACCUUUAAUGACAGCGACUUUUUAAAACAAUUAGAAUUAGCUAUUAAGUACGGCUUCCCAAUAUUGUUUAAAGAUAUCGAUGAAUAUAUUGACCCUGUAAUUGAAAAUGUUUUAACUAAAAACAUCCAAGGUGAAAGCGGUCGCCAAUAUAUCUUAUUGGGGGAUAAAGAAAUUGAUUAUGAUCCUCAUUUUAGGCUUUAUCUUAAUACCAAGUUGGCUAAUCCAAAAUAUACGCCAGGAGUAUUUGGUAAAGCUAUGAUCAUUAAUUACACCGUUACUUUGGAAGGUUUAGAAGAUCAGUUAUUAAGUGUUAUUGUUAAGUUUGAGCGUCGUGAGUUAGAAGAACAACGAGAGCGUUUAAUACAACAAACAAGUGAUAAUAAACGUUUAUUAAAAGAUCUUGAGGAUACAUUACUGCGUGAACUAGCUACAUCAACGGGUAAUAUGUUGGAUAAUUCUGAAUUAGUGCAAACAUUAGAAAAUACCAAGACUAAAGCUACCGAAGUUUCCGAUAAAUUGAGUCUGGCAGAAAAAAAUUCAGCCGAUAUUGAUAAAUUACGCGAUGGAUAUCGACCAGCAGCCAAAUUAGGCGCCGUUCUCUUUUUUGUCCUAUCAGAUAUGGCAGUUAUUAACAAUAUGUAUCAGUAUUCAUUGGCUUCAUUUUUAGAUGUUUUUGAAUUUUCCUUACGUAAAAGCAUGCCCGAUUCCAUAUUAUCAAAGCGGUUGAAAAAUAUUAUGGAAACUAUGAAACAAAAUAUUUACAAUUAUGCUUGUACUGGCUUAUUCGAAAAGCACAAAUUGUUAUUAUCAUUUCAAAUGACUAUAAAAUUAAUGCAAUCACAACAAAAAUUAUCACAGGAUGAAUUGGAUUUCUUUAUUAAAGGUAGUAUUGCAUUGGAAAAAAAUCCAUUACCGCGACCUGAAUGGAUACCAGAACAAGGUUGGGAAGAUUUACAGCAGUUAUGUCAGCAAUUUCCUCAACGGUAUGAACAUUUAUUUGAUGACAUUGUUCAACACGAAUCCAAAUGGAAGGAAUGGUUUGAUCAUGAUACUCCUGAAGUAUUGCCGUUACCACUCCAAUAUGAAAAUCAAUGCAGUUCGUUUCAGAAGUUAUGCUUGUUGAGAUGCUUUCGUGUGGAUCGUUGCUAUCGAGCUAUGACCCAUUUUGUAGCUCAGCAAAUGGGGGAAAAAUUUGUUACACCUCCAGUUAUCAGUUACGAAGCAAUAUUUGAACAAUCAACACCAUAUUCACCAAUUGUAUUUAUUUUAAGUCCAGGAUCUGAUCCAGCUGGUGAUCUUGUCAAAUUAGCUGAGCGUUCUGGUUUCGGAGGUAAUCGUUUAAAAUUUCUUGCGAUGGGUCAAGGACAAGAAACCGCAGCAAUUCAAUUAUUGGAAACGGCGUUAAGUCGUGGCCAGUGGUUAAUGUUGCAAAAUUGUCAUUUAUUAGUUAAAUGGUUAUAUCAGUUAGAGAAGGUGCUAGAACGUAUAAGUAAACCUCAUCCUGAUUUCCGUUUAUGGUUGACGACAGCACCAAUACAAGAUUUCCCUAUUGGUAUAUUGCAGCGAUCAUUGAAAGUAGUUACUGAACCGCCUAAUGGUUUAAAACUAAACUUGCGUAAUACAUAUCACAAAAUAUCUAAUAAUGCAUUAAUUGAGUGUCCACACGAGGCAUUCCCAACAUUGGUAUUCGCAUUAAGUUUUUUUCAUGCUGUAGUUCAAGAGCGACGCAAAUAUGGUAAAAUUGGUUGGAAUAUACCAUAUGAUUUUAAUGAAUCUGAUUUUCGCGUCUCAAUGAACAUUUUACGAACAUAUUUGAUCAAGGCUUUCGAUCAACAUGAUGUAAAGAUACCAUGGGGUAGCUUAAAGUACUUAAUCGGCGAAGUUAUGUAUGGUGGCCGUGUAAUUGAUAGCUUUGAUCGACGUGUCUUAAUCACAUAUAUGGAUGAAUACAUGGGUGAUUUUAUAUUUGAUACGUUUCAACCAUUCCAUUUUUAUUAUCAAGACCAACAUACCGAUUAUCAUAUUCCUACAGCUGCUGGUACAUCACGCGAUAAGUGCCUGGACUACAUUGAAUCAUUACCUCUUGAUAAUACUCCUGAGGUAUUUGGCUUGCAUCCGAAUGCUGAGAUUGGUUACUACACCGAAGCAGCGAAAGAUAUCUGGUCACAGUUAGUCGAAUUACAACCACAGACAAGUAUAUCCACCACUGGGAUAAGCCGUGACAAUUUUAUUAGCAGUAUAACAAGUGACAUUCAAUCUAAAAUCCCCAAACAAUUUGAUAUUGAUGCCGUAAAAAAGCAGCUUGGUAAAGAGAUAUCGCCAACAGCAGUUGUUUUGCUACAGGAAAUAGAACGGUUUAAUAAAUUAAUUGAAAAAAUGACUCGGUCACUGAGCGAAUUGCAAAAGGCAUUUAUGGGAGAGAUUGGUAUGAGUCACGAGCUGGAUGAUGUUGCAUCUGCGUUAUAUAAUGGCAGAAUACCACAGGUUUGGAGAAAUUUAGCUCCAGCAACAUUAAAAUCGCUGGGUAAUUGGAUUAUACACUUUAUGCAACGACAUAAGCAAUAUGAGGAUUGGAUACAGGAAGAACCUAUCGUACUAUGGUUACCUGGUCUACAUGUACCAGAAUCUUAUUUAACAGCUUUAAUACAAGCAACAUGCCGAAAAAAUGGUUGGCCACUAGAUAAGUCUACUCUGUACACGGUUGUUACGAAAUGGAAUAGUCCUGAUAUUGUCACCGAAAAGCCUCACAGCGGAUGUUAUAUAAGUGGCCUUUACUUGGAAGGUGCAGCAUGGAACACUGCCAAGAGUUGUUUAAUCAAGCAGAAACCUAAGCAACUGAUUCAAAAAUUACCGAUAUUGAAAGUGACACCUAUAGAAUCUAAUCGACUAAAAUUGCAGAACACUUUUAGAGCGCCUGUUUACACUACCUCACAACGACGAAAUAGCAUGGGUAAAGGAUUAGUUUUUGAAGCCGAUCUUGCAACUGGAGAACAUAGCUCGCAUUGGGUACUGCAGGGUGUCUGUUUAACUUUAAAUUCAGAUUAA